CAAACCAUACGUCGUGUCUAGCAGUUACCGUUUUAGAGAGCCACCGUGUUUGAUCACAACAACAAUGCAAACCAGCACGCAUCACGUCAGCGUAUUAACGAUGAGAUCUAUUUUUAGGUAGUUUGUCAUUGUUUGCCAGCGUGUAAUCUGUUUUUAGCGGAUAGUUUAUCGUGAUUUGGAGCUUUGGGUAGUUCAGUGUGUGGUAUGGUUGAGAGUGCAUGUGGUCUAAUCCAGGGGUAAAAAAGGGGAUAGUAAAGAAUUCAGUUUAUUAAUUAAAUCAUCAGAACCCGGCUGAUUUUAUUGUAAUUGUAAUCACCAGCAGAUCACUAUAUUUAUCAGUGAUUUGGUGAUCCUGCUGACUGCUGCUGUACCAAAAUGAGGAUGAGUGAGACUGAGUAAUAACAUGCCUACCCCAACAGUCGAUACAAGAAAACACAUCAUAGCAACCAAGAUCCGUCCAGCAUCAUGAAAGACAUCACGACUGAUGAGGUAGAUAACGAUGAAGAUUGCACUUUCCCGGACGACGAGAUGAGCCAACUGACAUUACUAACUUUACCUCCGGAACUCUUGCUCAAUAUCAUCUCCUAUCUCGGCGCCAGGUUCGUUGUUCAUCGGCUGAGUUUAGUCUGCAAGGAGCUCCAUCAAUUAAUUUCUGAUGAUGCAACCUGGAAGAUCCGGAUCAGUAAACGAUGGCCAAAUCAAUAUCCAAUUAUUCCAGUUGAUGAUGAAGAGUUUGAUUGGAAGCUGGCAUGCAUGGAGAGAGAGGAACAAUGGCAUUUAUGGACAGCCACUCAAGACAUGGAAUAUUUCUCGUUGACCAAUGGUCACUUCGGAGAGAUUGAUACUGUGCAUCUAAUGCAGAACGGUGAGAUUUGCGUCUCUGGAUCUCGGGAUCGAUCGUUCUGCGUCUGGGAUCUACGGAGGCUGGAUCAAACCAAUCAAGAGAAAUCCAUCAAAGCAGCCCAGGUCAAAUCAACGGAUGGUCAUAAAGGCUGGGUGUGGCAUGUUACUUCAAAAGACAAUGUUGUUUGUACUUCGUCCUGGGACCAAUGGAUCAACCUCUGGGAUGCUAAUUAUGAUUUUGAGCGUAUCCAAGGAUUCAAGGGCAGUUCAGCCUUUUUGUGCUCCAUUCUUCAUGAACGUGAGGUCAUUGCAGGGGCCUACGAUAAACACGUCUAUGUAUUUGACAAAAGAGAUCGGAACGAAGGGAGUACACUAAAGCUACGCAUGCACAAGAAACCAGUUCUAGCCAUAGCAUCGGACGAGAACUACAUCAUAUCGGGAAGCGAGGAUUCUACGAUCAAUGUGUUCGAUCGACGAGCUGCACAGACUUACAAAACCAUCAAGCUGGAUAAGUUCCCAUUGUGUAUGUCUUAUGAUCUCAGUCAGCUUUGGGUUGGAAAGAAAAACGGACAAGUGGAUUUGCUUGCUCCAACCCAUGGGGAGUUUGACGUCGUACAGACUUACGACGUUGGACACACAGGGAAAGUCACAGACAUCACCCACAGUCUGGGGUCUAUAAUCACCUGCUCUACCGACAAAAAAAUUAGAAUCCAUGAGCCAAACCAUAACCCUUCCACAUUCCGGGUCAUCGACUGUCAGACAUCCCUCGCUUCUCUGCAUACGAACACCAGCGUCUUAGCUGCAGCAGGCAGUGAUUGCUGUGUCAAAAUCUGGAGACCGAUCCGAGAGCCAGAGUCCGAAGAAGCUGCAACGGCCAGAGCUUUGGAAAGAAAAGAACAGCAUGUACCUCCAGAUUUAGUGUGGGUUCCGUUAUAGUACCUAGGUUGUCAUUUGUAUACUAAAUAGAUUCAUUGUGUGAGUGCAGAAAGAGGGCUUGAAAAGCAGCUUAAAUAGUCUACGUGUUUGUAACUACUGCACAGACCAUUACAGAAUAGCUUUAUUAAAGAAAGAGGUUUGAAUAACACAUCCGUUUCCUCUGGCAACUCACACCUGUUAUUUCUAUGUAAUUCGUUUUUUACAAACAGUGGACUUCACAUACCAGUAGCUGACUGCCCCAGGCAGAUUAACUACUACUAAUCCAUUAAGUUUUAUGACCUGUGUAACUCAAUGCAAACACACUCACUCAUGGCAAAGGAUGUAUACUUUUCAAGUUUUUGUGGCAAACUCAGAAAUGUCUUAAUGAAGCUUUACCGUAAUGCAUCGUACUCAUUCAAACUGUAACAAAUGUGAUACAAAAAAACACAUGUGUAUUUGCUGUGUGAGGGUCAGAACAAAAGAAAAUGUUUUGCAUGUCUGUAUAGAACCUAACCAUCAACUGUACUCCUAUGGUGUUCGCCAUAUCUCGUAACGGCUAACAACAUGGUUUGUAAUUUCCUGUGUUUAAGGUGCUCUCGUCGCAUAAGGGGCAGUAUCCACCGAAAUAAUAGUUCAGUUGCCGAUUUCACAAAACUCUUCUUAACUUAGGGUUAAUCUUAUGACUUAGGACGAGUCCCAACCCUGCACUGUAG